AUUUAAUCGUACGUAUGUGAAUAUAAAAGCGUUUUGAAGUACUAAUGUGAUGGAAUCUAUAAACCAGUGCCACUGCUGCCUGCAGCGGCCUUCGGGGAAAGAUCUGAGGACACCGUACACUCGUCUCGGCAUAACGGAAAUAUACUCGGUCAUGAUCGAAGAAUGCUUUCUUAUCAAACUGACACCAAGCAACAAUGGCAAGAGUGGUAUCUGCGAGGUGUGUCUGGGGCGGCUGCGGGAGGCAUGCCACUUCAAGAUGCAGGUGCAGCACUGCCAGGCCGAGCUGCAGGAGAGGUUAGAGGGAGCACUGAGCGUCAAAGAUGAACCUGAAGAUGGCGCGUGCAGCGAGCCUUCCGAGCCGUCUCUACGUUCAGACGUUGAGUCCCCGGUCCCGCCGUGUGAAGACGGGCCGCCGGGCGAAUAUCUGUUACUGUCUUCAGCCGGCGAGUACGGAGUUAGCUCGGCGCCUCUGUCCCUGCGCUGUAGGCAGCAGCUCGCGCUGGCGUGCUCCGUGAGGCUCGAGCGCCUCCGCCACUCCCCGCGCGCGAGCCAGCCGUGGCCCGUGACGUCACACCGCGAGCCGAGCCCCGCCAGCAGUGUGCAGGACGUGACGUCACACCGCGAGCCAAGCGCCGCCAGCAGUGUGCAGGACGUGACGUCACACCGCGAACCGAGCCCCGCCAGCAGUGUGCAGGACGUGACGUCACACCGCGAGCCGAGCCCCGCCAGAAGCGUGCAGGAAGUGACGUCACACCGCGAGCCGAGCCCCGCCAACAGUGUGCAGGAAGUGACGUCACACCGCGAGCCGAGCCCCGCCAGCAGUGUGCAGGACGUGACGUCACACCGCGAGCCGAGCCCCUCCAGUAGUGUGCAGAACGUGACGUCACACCGCGACCCGAGCCCCGCCAGCAGUGUGCAGGACGUGACGUCACACCGCGACCCGAGCCCCGCCAGCAGUGUGCAGGACGUGACGUCAUACCGCGAGCCGAGCCCCGCCAGCAGUGUGCAGGACGUGACGUCACACCGCGAGCCGAGCCCCGCCAGCAGUGUGCAGGACGUGCCCGCUCACACACCCGCCGAGGAACAAGCCCAAACACACGAUACUCGCCCUACACACACCACACACAACUCUAGUUUAAUCACACAUCAACAACACCAUAUCGCACAAACGAAUAAGAAGACCUACUGUUGCGACAUGUGUAGUAAACAAUUUAUGUCAAAACUUACUUUAAUCCGACAUAUUAGAACACAUACACACCCGGAACAUACAUGCGGAGUUUGUAAUGUAGCAUUUCCAAAUAACUUAUUACUGAAUAAGCAUUUAAGAUUGCACUCAGCAGAGAGACCGUAUGUGUGUGGAGAAUGCAACAAGCGAUUUGCAACAAAAAGUAUUUUGUAUAUGCAUAGAAGAAUCCACACUGGAGUCAAACCAUUCAAAUGUAAAGAAUGUAACAAACAAUUUACAAGAAAAUAUGAUUUAGAAAUCCACAAAAGAGUCCAUAGUGACGUGAAACCAUACAAAUGUAAAGAAUGUGACAAGCAAUAUACAAGAAAACAUCAUUUAGAGAACCACAAAAGAGUCCAUAGUGGCGUGAAACCAUACAAAUGUAAAGAACAAUUCAAAGGAAGAGAUGGUUUAAAGUACCACGAAACAGUCCAUAGUGGCGUGAAACCAUACAAAUGUAAAGAAUGUAACAAGCAAUUCACAGGAAGAGAUGGUUUAAAGUACCACGAAAGAGUCCAUAGUGGCGUGAGACCAUACAAGUGUAAAGAAUGUGACAUGCAAUUUACAAGAAAACAUCAUUUAGAGAACCACAAAACAGUCCAUAGUGACAUGAAACCAUACAAAUGUAAAGAAUGUAACAAGCAAUUUACAAGAAAAGAUCAUUUAAAGUACCACGAAAGAGUCCAUAGUGCCGUGAAACCAUACAAAUGUAAAGAUUGUAACAAAGAAUUUACACUAAAAAAUUCUUUAGUUAACCAUGAAAGAAUCCAUAGUGCAAUGAAGCCAUACAAAUGUAAAGAAUGUAACAAACAAUUUACAAGAAAAGAUCAUUUAGAGAUCCACACAAGAGUUCAUAGUGGCGUGAAACCUUACAAAUGUAAUGAAUGUAACAAAGAAUUCACACAAAAAUAUUGUUUAGUUAUCCAUGAAAGAAUCCAUAGUGGAAUAAAACCAUUCAAAUGUAAAGAAUGUAACAAGCAAUUUACAAGAAAAGAUCAUUUAGAGAUCCACAAAAGAGUCCAUAGUGACGUGAAACCAUACACAUGUAAUGAAGGUAACCAGCAAUUAAGUCAUGAAGAUAGUUUAGAGACACAUAAAAUGAGUCACAUCGGAGAGAAGCCGUAUAGAUGUGAAGAAUGUAACAACCACUUUACGUUAAAAUCUGAAUUAGAGAGACAUAAAAAAAUACACACCGAUGAACAAUCAUACGAAUGCGAAAUAUGUGAAACACUUUUUUUCGAUGAAACAAGUUUAAUGAAACAUAUUGAAACACAUAUAUCCAGGAUACCAUAACUUUGUUGUUUCGUAAAAUGGUUUAUAAUUAUAAUAGCUCAGUUUAAUGUGGUUAUUUCAUCAACAGAGACGUAGCUAUACAUAGUGUUUUAUUCGGAUUCAGUCAACAAUUUCACUCCACUAUUUACUUCACCAUAUUGCUAUUUACAUUUUCACAGACAAAAUAUCGUAUAUCGCGUGAAGCUAUUUAUAAUCUUAUCUGAACCACAUUUUAUAUACAGGGUGGAAAGAAAGUCGGGCCCUGGAGGGAAACUACCUUAAAUCCUUAAGCUGGCUCAUUUUACUUAAAGGAGACAUUCCUUUAUUUUUAUAAAGAAACAAAACUGCAUUCAAAGUAUUUUUCUUUUUUUCUUCAAUUUGGCUUGUCUAAAAAAAACUUAAGUACUAAAUAUUCGAUUUUAUGGAUAUUUAGUACGACAGACGAGUGUAAGACCUAAUGUUUCUUGGAGAAAUGUUAUCAUUAACAUUAACUUUAUCGACUAGUAGAAUAAGAUUGCGAGCUUUUAUUUUUUGGAAUUUUUAGUCGGUUCGAGUCCCGGGCGAGGCAAGAGAGUUUUAGAGAAUGUUUGAAUGCAGUUUUGAUUCUUUUUAAAAAUAAAGGAAUGUCUCCUUUAAGUAAAAUGAGCCAGCUUUAGGAUUUAAGGUAGUUUCCCUCCAGGGCUUGACUUAUCUUACCACCCUGUAUAUAGAAUUGAAAAGUUAUGGAGUCGAAUUGAAGGAGAAAAGCGCGGGGGUCUGAACAUACUGGUCAACUCUGUUGCCCUGUACCUCUACCCUGAGUUAUGAUUGCUAAUGUUUAUCUUUCAGUUGCACAUGUGAAUACACACGUGCCAGUUGCGGAGAGUUUCGAAAACUUCUCGGAAAUAUCAUGAAAAUUUCUUUGGAUUCAAUGGAUUUUUUUGUCUGGAAAUGGUAGAUUUCUAUUCCCAUUCAAAAAUAUGAGAACUUAUCGAAAUUUCACUAUGUGGAAAUUUCGCAAUUUAAUAACGUUUUCGACGGCACAUCAGUACAUGUGAAUUACUGUGUUACUGAGAAGGAAAACGCCGAUUUUCUUGUUUGCUAAGUGUAGAUGUAGAGAUAUUUCCACGGCGGCGGCCGGAUCACAAUGGCGGACGCUUUCUUUUUAUGUUCCAAGGAUUCUUUAGAAAUUUGGCUACGAGCCUUGUCCGGCGAUGGGACUCCUUUAGUUGAUCUACACAAGGCCCAUAAAGGAACACUCUUGAAGGGCGCAGGCUCUCCGGGACAGUGUUUGUACAGUCAACCAACUUGAUUCCCAUAGGCCACUAUAAAACCUUGUCUCUGUUACUACUAUAUAAAUGGCAUACAACACUCUAUAAGCACUGGCGUAGAGGAUGAACAAGUUGUUUCAUUAUGACAUGGUUCUACAUGUAGUGACCUUGGAAUCAAAUUGGCUGACUGUAGGUACAUAUGCGCGGUGACACGUCAUGUCAUUUGCGGAUUGUUUAUAUCAAACUAAUGUACACACUUAAUAUUAUUAUUAAUUAUUACGAGAGAAGGGUCCAUUCAUAUUAGUAUUACAGUGUUAGUUUUAUUUCCGAUUCGUUUUACUUUGUAAUAUAA